GCGUACUUUAGCUGCCCUUGAGUGGUGUGAGACAUUAAAAAAGAAAGAACAACUUUGACAAUCAACUGCUUCAUCCCUUUCUUUCUUCUCUUUUAUUUAUUCAUUCCUCAGUCCUUUUCCAUUCUCAUUUCCAUUCGUUCUCAUUCUCAUUGUCAUUCUCUUUAUCCUUCUUCUCCUCCUACACAUUCUCAUUCUCCCCUCUACAUUUUGUUUUAGUUCUCUUCCAUCAUCUCCUAACCAUGUAUGCCACCGAGGAAAACUCGAACCCCUUGUCAAAGUACAAAGACUUAACACCGAUCCAGCCUAUUAGAGAGCAGGCCCCCACCAAUGGCUCGGGUGUGUUGAAGCAUGGUUACAUCUCCGUCAAGGAGGAGGGUCUCAAGGCCUUCAUGUGGUUGAAGAGAUAUAUGACUUUAAGAGAACUCACCUUGAGUUUCCAUAAGAACGAGUCAACUCCUCAUGCGGUAGUCUUGAUCUUCCUUAAGGAUGUCACUGCCGUGACUCGCACUGAUCUCAAGGCCUAUUGCUUCGAGCUCGUCACAAAGGACCGCAGCUACUUUCUCUCGUGCAAGAAUGAUGAAGAGUUAUACUCGUGGAUGCAUGAGAUCUACUCUCGAUCGCCACUCAUGGGUGUCUCCAACCCUACAAACUUUGUGCACACAGUCCAUGUGGGCUUUGAUCCAAACACUGGUAACUUUUCGGGAAUGCCAGAGCAAUGGACAAAGUUGUUGACUGGAUCUGCCAUCACAAAGGAAGAUUAUGCAAACAAUCCUCAGGCAGUGUUGGAGGUCUUGGAGUUUUACACUGACCAGACAAAACGAAACGAGGAGGAGUAUGGUACACCAUCGUUAGUCCCUGGCAAUCUUCCUCUUGCACCGAAUGAUGCUGAAGGUGAUCGAUGGGCUAACUUGAUGCCGAAGCAAUCGCCCUCUCCACCCUCCAGCCGACCUGAGCGUCCACAGCGCCCGCAGAGACCCGAUGAGCAGCGGCCUUACAUCCCUGAGCGUCUGCAGAGUGUGGAUAUCAUACCUGCUCCUGUUACCCAGAGAAUGUCCAGCUUGGCUAUCUAUGAUGGAAAGCAACAAGGAGGUGGAAAGCCAGCUGUUGCGCCAAGACCACCCAACAAUCUUUAUCCAGACUACAAUCCCCCUUCACCUUCCUUCACACCUCCAUUGUCGAGCUCCCCAUCCAAUAAAUAUAACAACGGCCCUAAACCCCAAGCACAGCAGCAAUAUGGACGAAGCGACGACGCUGGCCAUAAACCACCGCCUGUGGCUCCACGCCCACAUGUUGCGGAAGCCGCUGCUGCGCUGAACGGAACAGCAAACAAGGAUGUUGUCGAGAGGCGAAUCUCCACCAUGACUGAGGCAGAAAUCAUGGAGAAGUUGAGAAGCGUUGUUUCUGCUGGGGACCCUAGCACUCUGUACAGUAAAAUCAAGAAAGUCGGUCAGGGUGCUUCCGGAUCUGUCUACGUUGCCAAGCAUCUUACAACAAAUACAAAGGUGGCCAUUAAGCAGAUGGAUCUUACAAUGCAACCUAGAAAGGAGCUGGUGGUGAAUGAAAUUCUGGUCAUGAAGGAAUCAACCAACCCCAACAUUGUCAACUACUUGGACUCGUUCUUGGUCAAGAACCAAGAGCUGUGGGUUGUCAUGGAGUAUAUGGAGGGAGGUGCCUUGACAGAUGUCAUUGAAAAUAACAAACUGAACGAAAGUCAAAUUGCAUGCAUUUGUUUCGAGACAUGCAAAGGUCUGCAGCACUUACACAGCCAGAACAUUAUUCACAGAGACAUUAAAUCGGACAAUGUCCUCAUGGAUCCCUUUGGGCGUGUAAAGAUUACUGAUUUUGGUUUCUGUGCAAAGUUGACAGAUCAAAAGAGCAAGCGUGCUACGAUGGUUGGUACACCAUACUGGAUGGCACCUGAAGUGGUGAAGCAGAAGGAGUAUGGUGCGAAGGUUGAUAUCUGGUCAUUGGGUAUUAUGGCUAUUGAGAUGAUUGAACAGGAGCCACCAUACCUGGAUGAGGAGCCACUGAAGGCCUUAUAUUUGAUUGCGACGAAUGGAACGCCUACACUCAAGAAGCCAGAGGCAUUGAGUUCAGAACUGAAGAACUUUUUGGCAGUUUGUCUGUGCGUUGAUGUCAAGAGCCGUGCGACUUCAAGAGAAUUGCUUGAUCACGAGUUUAUGAGUCGAGCAGGACCACUUCACUCAUUGCGUCCUUUGUUCGAAUUCAAGCGAGGUGGAUAAAGAAUCCUUGCAAAAAGAAAAAGAUUGAAUGUUUUUUUUUUAAUACAAGUCACUAACAAUACAGAUACAAAAAACUUAAUAGAGAUAGCUCAUUCCAAUGCAGUAAUAAAAAGAAGAUUAAUAAAUAAUAGUAAUA